CUUCUGUCACCGCAAGGCACGUUAAUUCCGGCCUUCCAAGCCUCAUCGUCGCCGUCAAUCCCCCCAAAGCUACCCCGCCGGUCUUCCUCGCCUCAACCGCUACGACGACCGUCCCUCUCCCCCUACUGACAACUAGCUACAUCCCAGCAUCAACGUCUCCGGCGGCUUAGGGCCCGUACUCCGCGUGCAGAAUGGCGAACCAAACCCCUGCCGUUGUCAUGGACAACGGCACGGGAUUCUCGAAGCUCGGCUUUGCCGGUAACGAUUCUCCCUCCUUUGUCUUCCCGACCGCGAUAGCGACAAAAGGCGCCGCCGGAGGCGCUGCCGGAACCGGGUCCGGCCGACCAGCCGUCGCGAACAAGCCGUCCUUUCUCACCGGAGGCGCUGGUCCUAGCGGUCACUUAUCUAUGAAACGAGGCACAGAGGACCUGGAUUUCUUCAUUGGCGACGAGGCCAUUGCAGCAUCGGGCGGUCCAGGUUACGGGUUACACUAUCCGAUCCGACACGGCCAAAUAGAGAACUGGGACCACAUGGAGAGGUUCUGGUCAAAUUCCAUCUUCAAAUACCUCCGUGUCGAGCCCGAGGACCACUACUUCCUCCUGACCGAACCCCCUUUGAACCCUCCCGAAAACCGAGAAAACACGGCCGAGAUCUUCUUCGAGUCCUUCAACUGUGCCGGUCUCUAUAUCGCCGUCCAAGCCGUCCUCGCUCUCGCCGCCUCCUGGACGUCGGCCAAGGUGUCGGAUCGCUCGCUCACUGGUACCGUCAUCGACUCCGGCGACGGUGUCACGCACGUCAUUCCUGUCGCUGAAGGCUACGUAAUUGGGUCCUCAAUAAAGUCCAUCCCCAUCGCCGGCCGAGACAUUACCUACUUCGUCCAGUCCCUCCUGCGUGACCGCGGCGAGCCGGACAGCUCGCUAAAGACGGCUCAGGAGAUUAAGGAGGAGUACUGCUACGUGUGCCCCGACAUCGUCAAGGAAUUCUCGAAAUUCGAUCGGGACCGCAGCCGGUUCGCCAAACACGUCGUCACCCACCCCGGCGGUCGUCAAGUCACCGUUGACGUGGGAUACGAGCGAUUCUUGGCGCCCGAGAUCUUCUUCAACCCCGAAAUCUACUCUUCCGACUUUCUCACGCCGCUGCCUGUCGUCGUCGACGGCGUGAUACAAUCGAGCCCGAUCGACGUGCGGCGAGGACUGUACAAGAACAUCGUCUUGUCCGGAGGAAGCACGCUGUACAAGGACUUCGGGCGAAGAUUGCAACGGGAUAUCAAGCACCUAGUGGAUGCUAGGAUUCGAGCCAGCGAGGUCCGCAGCGGAGGGGCGAAGAGCGGCGGCUUAGAAGUCCAGGUCAUCACGCACAAGCGACAACGACACGGCCCAUGGUUCGGCGGCAGCUUGCUGGGACAGACCCCCGAGUUCCGGUCGUACUGCCACACUAAGGCUGAGUACCAAGAAUACGGACCCGGCAUCGUGCGACGGUUCGCCCUUCUCGGCGGGCCCGGCGGCUCGUAAAGCGGAGUUGGGUUGUGAAGUCGGAUACGAUAUUAGCAGCAAUCAGAUAGACGGCAAGAAGGGGCAAGAGGGUGCAAAAUCUCGACGUGUAAUCAAAAGCGGCAGGCAGAUGGUUAAAAAAGAAUUCCCUGGAAUGCAAGAUCACAAAUAAUCAUCAACCUCUGCACGCCUGUGUCGUCGUCCUGCUGACUGUUUAAUCAUGGCCGGUGGCGUCCGGCUCUGCCUAGCGUCGCGCGCCUACGUACAUAUAGUAUAAGACUUUGUCGAAAUAGGCCCUCACCACAGGUUUUUUCCUUUCCGAUUUACUCAUUAGAAAUUGCAUGCUACCAUCUACUUCAUUUCGGCCC